AUGCAUCUAUCUAUCUAUCUAUCUAUCUAUCUAUCUAUCUAUCUAUCUAUCUCAGUCUGUUCAUCUAUCUAUCUAUCUAUCUAUCUAUCUAUCUAUCUAUCUAUCUUAGCUCUUAUAUUUCAUUAUCUAUCUAUCUAUCUAUUCUUUUCCUUUAUAAUAAAUAUCAAAUUUCUAUCUAUCUAUCUAUCUAUCUAUCUAUCUAUCUAUCUAUCUAUCUAUCUAUGUCUGUUCAAUCAUUCUUUCUAUCUAUCUCUGCCUGUUCUAUCUAUCCAUUUCCACCUGUUCAAUCUAUCUAACCAUCUACAUACAUUACGUCAAUAUCAAAUUAAUUCCCAUCUAUCUAUCUAUCUAUCUCUCUAUCUAUCUAUCUAUCUUCAUUAUCCACCUAUCUCAUACGCAAUCGCAUCUAUCUAUCUAUCUAUCUAUCUAUCUAUCUAUCUAUCUAUUCUUUUCCUUUACAAUAAAUAUCAAAUAUCUAUCUAUCUAUCUAUCUAUCUAUCUAUCUAUAUAUCUAUCUUUUCCUUUACAAUAAAUAUAAAAUAUCUAUCUAUCUAUCUAUCUAUCUAUCUAUCUAUCUAUCUAUCUAUCUAUCUAUCUAUUUUUUUCCUUUACAAUAAAUAUAAAAUAUCUAUCUAUCCAUCUAUCUAUCUAUCUAUCUAUCCAUCCAUCUAUCCAUCUAUUCUUUCAUUUACAAUAAAUAUCAAAUAUAAAUCUAUCUAUCUAUCCAUCUAUCUAUCUAUCUAUCUAUCUAUCUAUCCAUCUAUUAUCCAUCUAUUCUUUCCUUUAUUAAAAUAUCAAAUAUCUAUCUAUCCAUCUAUCCAUCUAUCUAUCUCAUCUAUCUAUCUAUCUAUUCUUUCCUUUACAAUAAAUAUCAAAUAUCUAUCUAUCUAUUCAUCUAUCCAUCUAUCUAUCUAUCUAUCUAUCUAUCUAUCUAUCUAUUCUUUUCCUUUACAAUAA